UUGAGAGGCGGCGGCGACCAACAACAAAGAUCGGCUCCAGGUGGCUGUUUCUUCCAUAAAUUCCUCUAAACCUUUCCAUUAAUCACAUAAAAUGGCGACUAAAGCACGUGACUAUGAACAGGAAAAGGAAGCUAUCAAGAGGUUCCUGGCAGAAUUUCACGAUGUCGGUGACGAUGGUCGAAAACACUUCAAGUAUGCCACCCAACUUGUCGACCUUGCACACCGAGAACAAGUGAGCCUGAUCAUUGAGAUUGAUGAUGUGGCUGAGUUUGAUCCCGACAUGGCAGAAGCGAUGGUCCAGAACAGCCGUCGAUACAUUAACCUCUUCUCUGAUGCUAUUUAUGAACUUCUGCCUGAUUACAAACAAAAGGAGACUGUGGCACGUGAUGCUCUGGAUGUGUACAUUGAGCAUCGUCUUAUGAUGGAGCAGAGGCUGCGCCAGCCUGGCGACACUCGUGAGCUCCAUAACAGAUAUCCACCAGAACUCAUGAGGAGAUUUGAGGUAUACUUCAAGACUCCAAGUACCCAGAAGCAUUUGUCUGUUCGCAAUGUUAAAGCUGAACACGUUGGGAAGCUGGUGAUGGUGCGCGGUAUUGUAACACGAUGUACAGAAGUGAAGCCUGUGUUGCAGGUGGCCACAUACACCUGUGAUCAGUGCGGUGCUGAGACCUAUCAACCUAUUCUGUCGACCAGCUUCAUGCCCCAGUUAUUGUGUCCAAGUGAAGAUUGUCGUGUAAACAAGUCUGGUGGUCGGCUGUACUUGCAGACAAGAGGAUCUAAGUUCGUUAAGUUCCAGGAAAUAAAGAUUCAGGAGCAUUCAGACCAGGUUCCUAUUGGUAAUAUCCCACGCUCCUUAACUGUCAUGUGUCGUGGAGAACAGACGAGGCUUUGUCAACCUGGUGAUCAUGUUGCUAUCGCUGGUGUGUUCAUGCCUCUGUUACGCCAAGGUUUCCGUGCCAUGAUGCAGGGACUUCUCUCCGACACUUUCCUGGAGGCUCAUCGGGUUGUUAAAAUGAACAAAACAGAAGAUGAUGAGCUGGGAGCAGAAGAAUUAACUGAAGCAGAAAUAAAAUUAAUUGCUGAAGAAGAUUUUUAUGAUAAACUGGCAACCUCCAUUGCACCUGAAAUCUACGGUCAUGAGGAUGUUAAGAAAGCUCUUUUGCUUCUGCUCGUCAGUGGCGUAGAUUGUAACCCCAACGGCAUGAAAAUUCGUGGUACCAUCAACAUCUGCUUAAUGGGUGACCCCGGUGUGGCCAAGUCCCAGCUCCUCUCAUAUAUUGACCGCCUUGCCCCACGCAGCCAGUACACCACUGGUCGAGGUUCCACAGGAGUCGGUCUGACUGCAGCAGUGAUGAAGGAUCCACUAACAGGAGAGAUGACACUUGAAGGAGGAGCUCUGGUAUUGGCUGACCAGGGCAUCUGCUGCAUUGAUGAGUUUGAUAAAAUGGCUGAUGCUGACCGUACUGCUAUCCAUGAAGUGAUGGAACAACAGACUAUUUCAAUUGCUAAGGCUGGUAUCAUGACAAGUCUCAAUGCUCGUGUUAGCAUCCUCGCUGCGGCCAACCCUGCGUAUGGUCGUUAUAAUCCCAAGAAGACUGUUGAGCAGAACAUUCAGUUGCCCGCUGCACUUCUCUCACGUUUUGAUAUUCUCUGGCUUAUUCAAGACAAACCUGAUCGAGAGAAUGAUUUAAGACUGGCUCAACAUAUCACGUACGUUCACCAACAUAGUGCCCAGCCACCCACACAGUUCAAGCCACUGGACAUGAAACUGAUGAGGCGUUACAUUGCUCUUUGUAAGAAGAAGCUACCAACCAUCCCUGAAAAUCUCACCGACUACAUUGUAUCGGCUUAUGUAGAGAUGCGUAAAGAAGCUCGCAACAGUAAGGACAUGACCUUCACCUCAGCACGUACUCUUCUUGCUGUCUUGCGUCUCUCCACGGCAUUAGCGCGACUCAGGCUCGUUGAUUCAGUAGAGAAAGAGGAUGUUAACGAGGCGAUGCGGCUGAUGGAGAUGAGCAAAGAUUCCCUCAACCACAGUGAUGAGAGAACUGGAAAGGCUCAGACUGUUACCGACAAGAUCUUCACCCUCAUUCGGGAAGUUGCCGGAGAGAGUCGCGUGGUGAAGCUUGGAGAUGUGAUUGAGCGAUGCACCAGCAAGGGUUACAAGCCAGACCAGGUGAAUGAGUGUAUUGAAGAAUAUGAAGAGUUGAAUGUGUGGCAGUUGAACCAAGCUCGCACCAAACUUACAUUUGUGUGAAGGUAACAUUGUUGUACUACUGUACUUCUCUAACCCUACAGUAUACAGUAUGUAGUAAUAACCAAACUGGAUACAAAAAAAAAGGUCCAAUACAUGUGCCUCUGUUCUUUAUUUCAUAUUUCAAACCAAUGAAUGUAACAAAACUAUAUUUUGUAAGUGUUUCUCAAAAUGAUAUACAGUACUAUAUAAUAAAUGGUAAAUUUUUCAUUGUGUAUAAUAUGUAAGAGAUAUAAUAAAAUUUAUACAUUUU